AUGUCAACCAUCGGAUUUGAAGAAUUAAUCAAUAAGUACACUACAGUAUUGUUCGACUGUGAUGGUGUUUUAUGGAGAGGAAAUGAACUCAUCCCAGGAAGUAAAGAGUUCAUAGAUCACCUUAGAAAGCACAAUAAGAGACUCAUUUUUGUCACUAACAACGCUAGUCAAUCUAGAGAGCAAUACCGUACUAAAUUUCAGAAGUUUGGCUUGGAUGUCUCAACUGAUGAAAUCUACGGCAGCGCAUACGCAGCUACCGUCUAUUUGAAGUACAAAUUAAAGUCUAAGAAAGCAUUCGUUAUUGGUAUGUCUGGUUUGGAACACGAAUUAGAUACCGAAGGGAUUGAACACAUCGGUGGUACAUCAGAAGAAUACAACAAGUUAACGACUGAUAUUGAUUUCAAGGGUAUAAAAGACUCAAUUGAUCCUUCAGUAGAUACAGUACUUUGCGGUAUGGAUUUGAUGUUAAACUACUCAAAAUUAUCGCACGCGUUCAGUUACUUGGAAAACAAGAACGUUAAUUUCGUUCUGACUAAUGAUGAUAGUACAUUCCCACAGUCAGCCGGUAUAUUCCCAGGAAGUGGUAGUUUGUCAGCCCCAUUGAUAUUAGCUUCAGGUAGAACACCAACCGUUGUAGGCAAACCAAAUAAAGAAAUGCUCGAUUGUAUUCUUGACAAGAACCACUUGAAUAAUGAAGAAACACUCAUGAUUGGUGAUAGACUGAAUACAGACAUAAAGUUCGGACAAGAGGGUGGUUUAGACACACUCCUAGUUUUAUCAGGCGUUUCAAAACGUGAAGAUAUAGAGAAGGAAAAUAUUUAUCCAAAGUACAUAUUAAAUUCCCUGGAUGAUUUGAAUUAGUAUGUUAGAGAUAGACAUAGAACCCUCUUGAAAGAUAACGCAGUUUUGUAAAGUGAUCAUUUUUAAACAUACGCUCUUAUUCAAAGCUAUGAUUCACACGUGUGUUGUAAAUUCUCA